UAUCUUAUACAAGUCCAACGUCUGCGUGUUCCUUAUGCCACCGGACGACAAGGAGGAGCUCUUCUAAACCGAGGCUCUUCACGGCGAACUCUUUGCGAAGAAGAUGGCGGCAGCGGUGGUGGAUAAGGUGUUCGUCGCGCUGCCGGCGGAGGUGAAGGCGGGGCAGUCCACGCUGGCGUGGGCUCUCGACCGUUUCGGCGGCGGCGGCGGCGGCAGAACCACGGUUGUGAUCGCACAUGUGCAUGUCCCGCCACAGAUGAUUCCAGUGAUGGGGGUCAAGUUCCACUCUAGUAAACUGAGCCCCGAGCAAGUGAAACUGUUCAGAAGGAUUGAGCAUGAGAGGGUGGACAAACAGCUAGACGGUUAUGUUCGCCAGUGCUCAAAAAUGAAGGUCAAAUGUGAGAAACUAGUUUUUGAGAAGGACGACGUUGUGGCCGGUCUGGUUGAACUCGUCGUCUUGCAUAAAGUCACUAGGCUAGUUAUUGCAGCUGCUGCAGACAGGCAAUAUUCAAGAAAGAUGGAUAGACCCAAGUGUAGGACAGCAACAGAAAUCAUGCAGAGAGCUGAUCCAUCGUGCAAGAUCUGGUUUGUUUGCAAGGGACAACUGAUCUGUACCAGGGGUGUGGAAGAGGAGGUUGCGCCAUCAGCUACACCUUUUGUCCCUGAUGAUCUUGAUCACCAGGCUCUGCAGUUAGUAGUGUCUCACCAGAAAGAGGACGAAGCUAAGUCGGAGCUGGGGUUAUACGAUGAGCUGAAAGAGGCAUGCAUAGCAGCUGAGAACCUGAUGAAGAGAGCCCUAAACGAAUCUUCCAGGCGCCAAAAGGCAGAUGGAGAAGUGGCCUCCGCGCUUCAGAAAGCAAAGGAAUACCAGGAGUUGUACUUUGAGGAGACGAGGAAGCGUGAAGAGCUCGAAGGAGCUCUUGCAAGAGCGCACCGAGAGAUCGCGCGGUUAAUGCAGGCGAAGCAGGUGUUCGUGGUCGAGCGAAACACGGCAGCGGACGAACUCCAGGAGGCCAUGUCAGAGAGGUCGUCCCUGGAAGGCCACGACGUCGACGAGGAUGCCGUUUUGCGAACAGCCGGCGGUCAAGCGACUGAGCAACAGGAGGAGGAGGAGGAGCAUGUCCAGACACAACACGAUCUGGGCACCGGUGAAAGGGACCUGGAACUGGAAGCGCGGCUCAACCAGAGCAAGCUGGCCGCGUUCUCGCCGUCGUCCGUCAUCCAGUCGCCGUACGACGAAGACCGCGUCCCGGCCUGCUUCCUCUGCCCGAUCCUUCAGGAGCCCAUGAGGGAUCCCCACGUCGCGGCAGACGGGUUCACGUACGAGGGCGACGCCAUCAGAGGCUGGCUGGACGGAGGGAACGGCGCCUCCCCCGUGACCGGCCAGCCGCUCGCGCACCGGGAGCUGGCACCGAAUCUCGCGCUUGGCGCCGUGAUCCAAGAUUACACGGUGAUGAGGCGGCGGCAGUGCCGGUUCUGCGAUUCGCACGACGGCGUUGCUGCGCUUCAAUUUUUUCCAUCGCCUGUGGGCUGCCAGCGGUGAGCUGCGCUUGGCAGGCCCAGAUCACGCCGCACCCCAUUUGUGUUUGGUUCCAAUGGUAGGACUAGACGGGAGGGGAGGAUCCAUUAGGUACGAUUAUUUGGUUCAGAGUUAAGAUUUGGAUCAGAUCAUUCUAGCACCAUCUCCUGUUCCGUUAGAAUUGGAGGGACGAAGGAGACCUCGUGGACGUGACUGUUCCCAGCUGUAAUGUAACCAAACACAUUUGCAGUCUCGUAUACAAUUUGUGUGUACAAGCCUACAAGACGAGGUACUUGUAUAUCGGUGAUUGAAUAAGAUGAAGAACAUGCUAAUAAUGCUUGUUUGAAUGUA